AUGAUUCCAGGGAUUCGUGAAUCAGUGCCGGAAAUCAUCCAGCGCGAUGUCCCAUUCGACUAUGCGGAGGAGUGUAGGGAACUAUGCCUACAAUAUGCGAUCGACAUGUGCAGACUUUGGUCCGAUACACUGUUAGAGUGUGAUAUGUCCAGGAUCACUGACCAGUCACUUGGUAUUUAUGCAUACCAGUGCGCAAAUAUACUGGUUAGGUUGUGGGACUUGGAUGCCGAUAGCUCACUACGCGACUAUUUGAUGAUUCUUUCGAAUUUCUUGGAAAGGCUGACCGAUAUUUAUCAGAUUGUUGCAGAAAUCUCGCUUACUGAAAUCUGGAGAUCUUCUCUCAAGCAGCAAAGUACCCAGGAAGGACAGACGACGUCCAAGUUUUCACUAUUAGAGUUUCUACAGCAGCAGAAUAUGUCCGAUGGGUCGGAGGAAUAUUCAGACACAGUUGAGCCUUCCGGCGGAGGUCCAGCAAACCCGGAUAUUCGAGCUGAUGAAGGUCUCCGCUUGGAUGUCGGCAUAGCUUCGGUUGAACAAACCGAGGAACUAAGCAACGAUUUUUGGUCGACAUCUCUAAGCAUGGAUUUUGAAAGCUAUGAUACGCGUGUGGAUCCCUUCUGUCGGAUGUUCGAUGAUUGGGCUUUGGUGGAACCAUAG